CCUGCUCGAUACAACCUUAUUCACAGACUUGACAGUCGCCGCUUUGAAAGCGUUUUUUUUUUCGGGAAAGAGUGCAAAUAAAAAAUUUUAAAUUAAUUAGAGCAAGUGUACAGCCCAAGCAAAAGUGAAAAAUCGCAUAAACGAAACUGGAAAGCAGAGCCAAGGAAUAAACACAAGAUGCCGAGGCGCAACAGGAAAAAGCCCAGGGGCAACACAUAUAAAUCGGAGGAUGACGCCAGCUCCGACAUAGAGGAUUCGGAUGCCGUUAAAAAUAAUGCGGCAAAUAAUGGGGAAGCAGUUGUAGCUCAGGACAACAAUGAUAAUGUUGCUGCGGUGGAGCAACAACAGCAGCAACAACAACAGUUGGAGGAAAGUGGCGACAGUGACAACAGCAAUGAUGACGACGACAACAACCAGCAGCAACAACAGCAACAGCAACAACCUCAACAGCAGCAGCAGCAGCAACAACAACAACAGUUGCAGGAAAGUGACGAUGAAGACGACAGCAAUGACAGCGAGGACAACAACCAGCAACAACAGCAGCAACAAAACAGACAAAAUCCCAACAACAAUGCUGCUGCUGGCAACAACAAUGAGGAGCGCAGCGGCAAAAACACAACGCUAACAAAUUUAAUCAUUAAUUAUCUGCCACAGGAUAUGACAGAUCGUGAAUUGUACAAUUUGUUUAGUAGCUGCGGCUCCAUCAAUACAUGCAAAAUUAUGCGCGAUUUUAAGACCGGAUAUAGCUUUGGUUACGGAUUUGUCGACUAUAAUUUUGAAAAGGACUCCGAGGAGGCUAUACAACAACUCAAUGGAUUUUAUGUGCGCAACAAGCGCUUGAAAGUUUCUUAUGCACGACCCGGCGGGCAAUCGAUCAAGGAUACCAACCUGUAUGUGAUCAAUCUGUCCCGCAACAUCAACGAUGAUCAACUGGAUCGGAUAUUCUCUCCCUUCGGUUUGAUCGUCCAACGUAACAUCUUGAGGGACAGGGUGACGGGUCGUCCACGGGGAGUUGCAUUUGUACGCUAUAAUAAGCGUGAGGAGGCACAGGAGGCAAUCAAGGCACUGAAUAACACAAUCCCCGAGGGGGGAUCUCAGCCAAUGUGUGUGCGGUUGGCUGAGGAGCACGGCAAGGCGAAGGCGGCACAGUUUAUAAGCGGUGGUGGUGGCGGUGGUCCACAUCCGCCGCAUAUGGGACAACAACAACAGCCGUUGCCGGUGCCGCCGCAUCAUAUGAAUCAUCCGCAUAAUAUGCAAAUGGUGCAUCAGCAGCAGCAACAGAUGCAUCAUCAUCAUCAUCAUCAGCAACAACAGCAGCAUCAUCAUCAGCAGCAGCAACAUCAUCAUCAUCAGCAGCAGCAGCAGCAACACCACAAUCAACACCACAACAAUCAACACCAGCAGCAGCAACAUCAUCAACACCACAAUUUGCCACCACAAUUGCCGCAUCACAUGCAACAGUUGCAUCAUCAUGGCGGCGGUGUUGUCGGUCUGCCACAGCCACAGAUGCAUGGCGGUGGUGGUGGUGGCAUCUAUCACCACAAUAUGGCACACAGAGGUAGAUCAAAUAGAACAACACGAUCUCAAAAACCGCAUCCAUAUAACCAUGCACAGAAAUUUAUUUAAAACAAAAUUAAUUUCUUUACACAAUAUUAGCUGCAUCUCACAGGUGAAGUGUUCAUGCUGCCAUUGCCAAUCACAAUAAUGCCAAUGCCCCGACCACCACAACAACAAGAACAACAACAACAGCAGCAGCAGCAACAGCAACAACACGUCCAACAGUUAGAGCUACAACUGCAACAGCAACUACAGCUGCAACUGCAACUGCAACAGUAACUGCAGCGAGGCAACCA